AUGUCUUCCAACGCUGAAGCUGAGCCAACCUGGCCUAGUACUUCAGGAUCCCUAGGUAAAGGGAACGACAAGCCUGAUAAUCCAGGAAUACCUGCGGCUUCCGGUGCAGUUGAAGCCCAACCGUCAAGCACGCUCAUUGAUAAAGACAAGGAGCAUUGCUGCAAGAUCUGCAAGGCAGAGAAGAAUGGGCGAAAGCUGAUCGUAGCGCUUGACGGGACAUUGAACCAAUUUGGGCGCAAGAACUCCAACGUUGUCGAAAUAUAUGCCCGUAUCGAGAAGGAUGGCCAACAGCUUUCUUACUACAAUAGCGGUAUAGGCACGUAUGCUAACACCGCUCGCAGUACCAUUUGGAAAAGGACGAAGUUGAAGCUGAGCAGUUUGUUUGAUAUGGCGUUCGCUCGGAACUUCGAAAAGAUCGUCCUCGGUGCCUAUCGUUGGCUGUCGGAUACCUACCAACCAGGGGAUCAGAUCUUUCUGUUUGGAUUUUCGCGCGGCGCGUAUCAGGUUCGAGUUCUAGCGGGAAUGAUCGAGCAGGUCGGAUUAAUAUACUCGGGUAACGAGGAGCAGAUUCCGUUUGCAUAUCAGUUAUACGAACAGGCGGAUGACAGUAUGGCAAACCACUUCAAGGAGACCUUCUCUCAUCGUGAAGUUAAAGUACACUUCUUGGGUGUCUGGGACACUGUCUCUUCUGUGGGCGUGUUCGGGCGCAAGAAGGACCUUCCCCGUACGCGGAGUUGCGACCACGUCUGCCAUGUUCGUCAUGCUCUUGCUCUCGAUGAGCGCCGGGUCAAGUUCAAUCCGGAAUUUUUUGAGCCCAGUACUAAGGAUGCUCUACGAGGUCAUCUCUCAUCGAGCGUCGGGCAGUCUCGGAACCUACAAACUGAUCGGAUGAACAGUAGUGAGCGAGAUGGCGUGUACACCCAUUUGAAAGAAGUUUGGUUUGCGGGCUGUCACUCAGAUGUCGGAGGUGGGAACAGACCAAAAGAUAAGCUAUUGAUGGAGGAUAUACCGGCUCUCUGGAUGGCGAACGAAGCACGUACAGCGGGACUCAAGUUCAAGCCUACGAAAGUAGGGUGGAAUAUGGAGCAACUCAAACACGAGACCCCAAUUGAGUCUCUCACCCCAUCCUGGUGGAUUCUCGAACUGCUCCCAUUCCUCCGUCACUCAGAGAGCUUGCCACAUUUGGCGCAAUCGGAAGAUUUGCCGUGGUGGUCAUACGCUCGACUGAUUCAUUGGUUGCACAGGGUAGCCCCUCAUUGCGGUGAACAUCGGUAUAUCAGACCAGACCAGAAGAUACAUGCUUCUGUUACUCUCACGAUAGGAUACACCCCUCGUGCUCGAUUCAUAUUCUCCCGUGACGCUACCUGCACCUGGGAUCGUAUUCUCGGAAAAGACCACAUAAAUGAACUGAGCCAUUUUGAGAAGAGGAUAGAGUUUGACCUAUAUGAUAUCUCCUCCGCGGUUUCCCUCGUGCAAGCUCUCGAGUACACCAAUGAACCAGAGCUGCAGUCUGCUCUAGACCGUUUAUUAGCUUUAGCGGAAUUUGAAGCAGGGGUCGCUGCUAUCAUCUGGGCCGACAGAGGACACAGAACACUCAAAAGCCUCAUCAAACGAGAACUGACGGACGAAGUCAAAGCAAAGGCCGUAGAGUUGGUUUUCAGGAUAGGCAUUCAACGCUCAAAUGACCCUCAGUCCCAGCAAUACCGUCCUCAGCUUAAUUUACUGUUAUUGUGGCGUGCAGGCUUCAAGGACGUACUCAUGCCGCUAGCAUUGGCAGAAAGUGACAAGUUAUCACAAGUCAAACGAACGAUACUGCUCCUGUAUCUUCCAGACCCCCUUUGGGUAGAUCACCCGUACGAUUCGUCGAUCUUAAAGUUUGCGAUAGAUUGCUUGUCCACAGAUGCUGCUGAUAUUGCCAUUGCUACACUUCUCACUCUUCAUAAAGUGAAUCCUCAUCUAGUUGAACAAGAAGUUUGGAAAUUUGUGGGAGAUACACCCGCCGAAUCUACUGUCAACUCCUUUAAUUCAGGAAUUGUCUCAAUAUUAGAAAAGCUACCUGCCUAUAUGCGGGUCUCGGCACUUCAGCUGAUGGAGCACGCCCGGGGGUCAUCCCUUUAUGGGCAUGUCAACAUCCUCAACAGCACAGAAAUUGCAAAUGCCUUGAUUAACUUGAUAAAUCUCUCUCAAAAAGAUAUUUUGUACUCUGCUGCACGCUUGUUCCCGCAAUUUGUUGCCCUAUGCAAGAAUCCAGGGGUGAAACCUGGGGGAAAGGGCUACCAUUGGUGGUGCACGUUAAGCAGGUGGCAGCUUGGAGGAGGUCAUAACAGGACAGUAUUUUCCAAUGGGGUGCAGUUUCUUAAGGGCCUUGCAAAGCAUAGUGGGCAAGAUACAGUCACUGAUUUCACAAAUUUUGUGUUAUCCCCAGAUGCUGUGCUCAGUCGACAGAGUAUUGACUCAUUCAAACAGACAGCUGGAAUACAAGGCUUGAGGGAGUUGAUUUGUUGGGUGAAACAAUAUGGAACUGCUGAGAGCUUCACACCUCAUUAUCUUACUUGGCUGCAAAAAGCAUUCCAGGGUGAAGCAGAUCUCUUACAUAGGUCAACUUUACAUGCCAUUUCGCAAACUGCAAUGAGUAAAUCACCUGGCUGCAAAAUUGUCACUGAUAAUGCCUCUGUGGCUGGUGCUUUUGCUGAGUAUCUAAACAGCAAUGACCAACAAACAAAGACUUGGGCAAUAAAAGAGUUGAGAAAUUUUGAGGCUCCAUUGGUGAAGAACUACCAUCAUAAUGUACAGUCUCUUGCUCAUAGAAAGGCAGGUGGUUCUUUCGAGAAAGAGGUCCUCGAUUGCGGGAUCAUCAAUUUAUUACUGAAGCUCAUCCGAAAUGGUGAACAACUUGUCAUCCAUUUGCCAGUGCUCUCCUUAAUGAUAAGCAAUGCCAAGUUGCGCCACAGGAUGGUUGAACAUAAGAUUAUUGAAGAAGUAGCUCAGCACGUCAGGCAUGGUGGUGGGAUCAAGAUUAUUGCCCUGGAGUUCUUAGCUGAUCUUGCACAAUAUGGUUUGUAA